CCGCCUCUGGGCCCGCGGAAGCCGGGGCCGAUGCCGGCGGCUUGAUUGUGAUCGGGAAGGGAAGGGCAAUCCUCCCAAGCUUCAGCUCCGCGGCCCGGGAGGACACGACGCGGCCUUCGGGACUCUUGGAAAUCUACAAUGUUUGGGAACUUGUUUGAUGAAGACUUUUUCAUGUUGCCAGACAGUCCAUGUAAACAGCCCAAGUCCAAACUCAAAGAUGCUGAACCACCAUUUCCUAGAGAAAGCACCCAUUUAAGUGGAAUAAAAAACCAGGGUGGAACCUGCUACCUUAAUUCACUUCUUCAGACCCUGCUGCUCACACCUGAAUUUAGAGAAGCACUGUUUUCCAUAGGCCCUGAAGAACUUGGUUCUUUGGAUGACAACAGUAAUCCAGAAUCAAAGGUUCGAAUAAUUCCUUUGCAACUUCAGCGGUUAUUUGCCCAGCUCUUGCUCUUAGAUCAACACGCAGCGUCCACAACAGAGCUCACUGAAAGUUUUGGAUGGAACAGUCAUGAGGAAAUGAGACAACAUGAUGUCCAGGAGUUAAAUCGGAUUCUAUUCAGUGCCUUAGAAACCUCUCUUGUGGGGACCUCUGGCCAUAAUCUUAUAAAUGAGCUAUACCAUGGGACAGUUGUUAAUCAUAUUAUCUGUAAAGAAUGCAAGAAUGUCAGUGAGAAGCAGGAAGAUUUCUUGGAUCUAACAGUUGCUGUCAAGGGUAUAUCUGGCUUAGAAGAAGCAUUGUGGAACAUGUAUGUGGAAGAAGAACAUUUUGAGAAAGAGAAUCUGUAUAGAUGUGGAGAAUGCAAUAAAUUGGUUGAAGCCACAAAGUCUGCAAAACUACGCAAGUUGCCUCCAUUUCUCACGGUCUCCCUCUUAAGAUUCAACUUCGAUUUUGAGAAGUGUGAAAGAUAUAAGGAAACAAGCUGCUACACUUUCCCUUUCUGGAUAAACCUCAAGCCUUUUUGUGAGCAGGCUCAUUUGGAUGAUGUGGAAUAUAUGUAUGAACUCUUUUCUGUUAUAAUACACAAAGGCGGCUGUUACGGAGGACAUUAUCAUGCUUACAUCAGAGACAUUGAUGAACUGGGAAACUGGCAGAUGCUAGAGGAAGAAGAUAACUUGAAUGAUGAAGAUAAGGAUUUGAAAUACACUGAAAACAUGAAAGAGUGUGAAAAUCCAUUAACACUUCUGAAAAGCAUAUUAUUGGAGGAAGAUUCCAAGGAAAUUGCUGUAGAUCGGUUGGCACAAAAGGUUUUGGAGAAAAAAAACGUGUCCUGGAAUAAGAAAUAUCGUAAACAGUAUGGACCAAUACGGAAGUAUUUGCAGAGUCAUCCUCAAACUUUUCUUAUUUCGAAUGAAAACAAAGUUAGGCUAAAUGACCAAAGCCGUAAAUUCCAUUCUGGAUCAUCUUCCCAAAGCCACCUUCUGAAUGAUGACAUGAAAAUAUCACUUGAAAGCAUGAAAACAUCAGCAAGCUUAAAGGAGAAUUUUUUUGAACCCCAUUGGUUUGAUUUAAAUGACUCCAAAGUUCAUGCAAUCAGAGAGGGAGAGAUUGAGAAGCAGUUUCAGGGUAAUGAGAGUGCAUAUAUGUUAUUCUAUCGCAAAUCGCAAAUGGCAAGGCCCCCUGAAGCUCGAGGAAAUCCAAGAUACCGGGUCCCUAUCCAUCUCUUGAAUGAAAUGGAUGCUGCUAACAUCAAAUUGCAAAAGAGGAGGGCGGACUAUGACUUGGCAGACAAUAACAUUGAUCUGCAUCUCCAUAUAUGCUCUCACUAUAAAUUUUAUAAUGGGGCUCUGCAUCCACUGCUUUCCCAAAAGGAGAGUAUUCUAGAUCUUACUUUUGAUAAGAGAAAAACGCUGGGGGAGCUUCGACGAUCAGUAUUGCAGUUACUGGAAUUUUGGGAAGGAGACUUGGUUCUCAGCCUUGCAAAGCCCCUGCCAGCUGGACUGCAUAUAAACCAAACACUUGAGGGUGAUGAUUCCACCUUGAAUAAUGCUGGGCUUUUUGAUGGAGCUGAUAUAUUUGUGUGGAAUGGAAAAGAGGUUAAUGGAGUAGAAGUUCGGACUGGCGUUGACCAUGAACCUGUUCUCAUAAAUGUUCUUCGUUUAGCUGGACAUAAUGAAGGACGAAAGGGGCAACAAUUUGUGGAAUCCCAGCAUGCAUUUCCUUGUGGUUUAAGCCUGAGCAUGGUUUGUGAACUUUUAACAUCAUCUAAAGGUAUAAUCUUAAGAAGUCAUUCAGAGUCUGAGAAAGAACCUGAAAACUGGAAGAUUGUUCCAGAAGAAGAUAUGGAAAAGACCCUCAGGACUGUUGGCCUUACCGAUGGAAGCUCCAUAUUAGUUUUAGACAGCCACGAUCAAAGCAUGGUGAAUGUGGCGGGCGGCAAUUUGACUGCUUUUACGCAUGAUAUCAGCUGGCUACAAGUAAAAAAUUUCUGUAGCUUGGAUUCUGAAGAGAUGCAAGUUAAAAUUACUGCAACUAUUGAAACAGUGAUGGCAGACAUCCGACUUAAAGUGAUAGAAGAAAUGCAGUUGGAUGAGGAGCUAGUUAACAAUACCUGUCUCAGACCCAUUAGCAAAAAUGGAAAGCUGCUCUGUCCAGUGCCAGAGGAUUAUACUGUUAAAGAAACAGAACUGAAAAUGGGAAGCUUGCUAGGACUCUGCCCUGGAAGAGCUCCAACAUCCAUCCAGAUAUUUUUGUAUUAUAUUGUGGGCCAUGAUCUUCAGUCUGGUCUGGAGGAAGAGAUAGUAGUGGAGGAGACUGCCACUGUAAGAAAGUGCCUAAACUUAAUGCUGAAGAAAUCUGGCUUAACAGGGGACAACUGGCAUCUGAGAAAAGUUGAUUGGUGCUAUGAAGCUGGAGAAGCAUUAAAUGAGGAAGAUGUCACAUUGAAAGAACUCAAUCUCUCCAGUGGAGAGACAUUGAAUGUUGCUGAGGGGAAGCUUACUCCAAAGGGAUUCUUGAAAGUGCCCAUCUGGUGGUAUAAACCUUUCUCUCAGUUGAAGAACAGAAAGAAUAUUCAGGACCAUGUGAACUGCUGGAGCAAAAACAUGGGGGUUUGGGGACUAUCUGCAUCAGAAGACUUACCAACAUUUCUAGAAAGUGAAAUAGACCUAAUCUAUAUUGGUGACAUAGAAAUCUCAGAAGAUGCUCUGUUAGAAGACCUGAAAAUGCAGGUGAUGACUCUGCCAUCCUUUCAAGAGUUUAGUGUUCCAUUACCAGCAUUUCUCCGGGUUUGGACAAUGGAAAAUAAGCACCCUUUCAAGCUUUUACGAAACAACAAUGAGCAGCUCCACACACUCAAACUAGGAAACAGAUUGGAAAUUUGUAUAGAACCUUUACACACAGAAGAAAAUCUUGGACCAAAGGAUUUGCUUCUACGAGUGCUGAUGGGUAUACCAGGGGAGAGAGAUUACUACCAUCCUGUGGAUUUGAUAUGGGAUAUCUCCAAAGAGUGUACAGCAUCUGCAUUAAGACAGAGAAUUGCUUUGUACUAUUCCUUGCCAGUGGAGAACAUUGAAAUUGCUAAAUAUUCUCCUGGAAAAUUCGAAUGGAUGCCAAUAUGUAGUUGGACACAGCAAGUUUCAAAGAAAAAAAAGAAAAAGAAAAGUGACAGCUUACAGUUAAGUCCCUACAGUCUGAAGGAUGGAGAUAUUAUUGGUGUGAAGAAUCUCCUAGUUGAUGAUAGUAAAGACUUCAGUACUAUGAAAGAUGACAUCGGAAAACAAAUGAAGAAGCAGCUUGCUGUUGAAAAGCAAAGUAGUCAACAAAACGACUGUUUGCAGAAAGAUCCUUUCCAUGGGAAAAAACUGGCUAAACAACGUAAACCUGAAACUGCACUCUCCAUCAGUGUAGGGGUUUUCAGCUGAUUCACUGGGAAUGGACAAAUCUAACUGCUGUCUUUCUUAACGCAUAAUGGAGUUACCUCAGUUGAACUAGCCGAGGAAUAAUCAGACAUCAGCACGUUUAAUGUGACAACUAUCAGUGAACUGAGGAUGCCUGGGGUCUCCUUGUAUAUUCUGCUGGGAGGAAAUGCUUUAGUCCUGUUAACAUUUUCAGCAUUUACUCUCAGGGUGGGUAUCUGAUGCACUUUAUUAAUGAGAACAUAUAUGGUAAUUUAAUAUCUCGAAUGCCUCUUUUGUAAUAACCACAAAUUUUUCAUCUGUUGUAUGCUGUAUCACUGCUGUAAAGGUUGCUGUUCCCCAUGGAUUUAUGUACACUAGAAGAGAAUCUGAACACUGCUUCAUGUCUUACCUUUUAAAGGUGAGAUGCUGCUUUAUUGCCUCCAUGUUUGGAUGACUCAAAAUACUUCUGCAAAUCUGAUCUAAACAGUUAAUAUGUGUAGAAAUUUCAAAGGGAAUUUUUUCCCCACUGUGGUUUCCUUGGAAGAGAACACAGUAAUCAUUACUUCAAAUUAAUUUGUAUUUUCUUUUCUCUGUAUUGAUCAUAUGUCCUUAUGAAAAAUACUAAGCAUAAUAGUUCAACACACAUAUCCAAGUGGUAAUUUGAUAUUUAAAUAUGAAGUAUUGGUCGUUAAACCCAAGUUUCUUUGGGGGAAGUGAUGUGCCAAAAUGCACACAAAUGAUCCAAGAGUCAAUAUAAAAUACAAAAAGGGAAAUGGCUAUAUAGACUGUGGUUUCUAUCCAGAGAUAGUACUUUUAAGAGUGGACAGGUAGCAUGCAUGAUGUAUAUGUAGAUUGCUCUGUCUGUGGAACUCUUUUGAAGUGCUGCUGUGGAUGGGCCCUAAUCUUUGUAGCCAUUCUUUGGGAAGAGAGAGAGUCACAGAUGAUACACAUCAGAGAAACACGUGUUAUUUCAUUCUUGGUUGACUUGGUUUAAUUUAUAUUCUCUCAGCUUUUCUUUUGAUGCACAAUGGGUGCUGUGAGAUUACGCCUUUUCAUCCCACAUAUCUGGCCUGCUUGUUCCACAAGACUGUGCAAAUGUGAGAUAAAUUUUUUAGUAUGGCAUUUAUAUGUUUGCCUAAAGCAAUGGAUACUUCAGGCACACGGUUUUUCAUGUCUUUAUACUGUAAUCAAAUAUUAUUAUUAUGAAUUGUUGUCUGCUGGAAUAGAUAAGAAUUUUACUCUUUCCUCAUACUUUAAGGAACGAUGUAUGAAAUCUUCCAAACCCUACGAUCUGUUCAGUCCUCUUUACGUAACAGUGGGUUAGAACUAGUAAAGCUUUUCUGCAAACAGAA